CCGAGCGAACGCAUACGCCUCGUUCAUUUCAUCCUCCGAUCGCCGCUGCUUCGUUUAGGCGAAGUCGCGACAUCCACACAGGUGAAGAGAGAGGGAGAGAGAAGAAUGAAUCCCCUCGGGUUGGGGACGUUGCUGUGCGGGAUGUUCCUGCCGUGGGUGACCCUCGGCCAGGAGUCCCUGUGCGACCAAACCGAUCCCAGGACCAUCUACGAGUUCCAGGAGGAACUCCUCGACGGUUCCAAGAAUGUCAGCUUUUCCGAGUUCCGCGGGAAGGUGGUGCUGAUCGUGAACGUGGCGACAUUCUGAGGCCUCACGUCCGCCACCUACCCCGAACUGAACGCACUCCAAGAGAAAUUCCGGGGCGAGCUCGUCGUGCUCGGAUUCCCCUGUCA